AUGCACCAGGCCUCUGCAGCAGAGGCCGCGGCAGAGCGCCAACUUCGACGGGGCCGUUCGGCACACCGCGGCCCGGGGCUCUACCAGGUGGACCCCCAGGUUACGUCCUACCACAACAUCCGCGCCGCGCCGAGCAUAUUCUCUCCUAUCGUGGGGACGCUGGAGGCCUACGACGUGAUCGAAGUCGCUCAGACGAUCCAGCUUUGUGCUGCGGAUAGUAGUCUUGAGUUUUGGGCGCAAAUCCUUCGAAGAACUGCAGGGCCUGCCCCAUGGAUUCUGAUCUCCGACUCGGAUAGCGAAUACCUGGUAAAGCUGCUUCGCCGCGGAGAUGCACUGCAGAAGCCCGAGGAGUGGGUGCCGCCACUUCCGGAUGAGGCGCCCUAUGGAGAAGCUGCCCAGUCUGUGAACUUCUACUUGGCUGCAGCAUUAGGUGACGAGGCAUCCGACCUCCCGGAGAUGGUUGCGGCUCUGGCCGACCACGAGUUUCGCCUCGGUCGGGAGGCUGCAGCGGUGGCGGUCCUCGAGGAAGAAGCGAAUUCCAUCAGGGAGGAGGCUCGGGCCUACGAGCGCGAGCUCGAGCGGCGCCGGGGAGACCGUGCAGCGACGCAGAGGCGCUAUCGGCGGCUGAAGCAGCGAGAGGCGUGGAAUGUUGCGAACGCACAGAUUGAGCUGCAGCUGGCACAGGUCGAAGACAUGCUGGAUGAUGCUACGGACAAUGCCGAAGCGAUCUGUGCCUCUCAGCUCGCACUGCAGCGUGCCCGGGAGCGUGAGGAGUCGGAGCGGGAGACCGAGGCACAGCGUCGUCGUCGGAAGAAAGCCAUCAGCCGUCUGGGUGCCCAGCUGGCAGCGAGCAUUGGGACAGAAGCUGAUACAAAGCCUGAGGAGUCCUCUGUAGCCAACGACAGCAAACUCGUCGAGGCCAUGGCCGGCCUGGAGAACCUCGUUGGCCGUCGCUACCUUCAGGGCGGCGCAGCCCUGACCAGCCUCGAGGACCUGGGCUUUGGCAGCUCUUGGGGCAACGAAGCGAAUGGCGAUGCUGGGCGUCGCGUGGACCCAGAUCUACCUGCUUUCUCUGUGCCCGAGGAAUUCGCCAGCAAGGCCGCAUCGGAUGCUGCAACGUCAAGGCUGUCUUCCGACGCCCCAGAGUUUCAGCCCGAUGCUAGUGCCAGCGAGCUCUUCGAGCAGAUGCUCAGCCUAGCGAAGCAAGGCCAAGGCGACAUCUCGCAGAGCUCAGGCCUGUCGCCCGAAGCCCACGAGUUCCGACCUGGUCAGAUGGCUGCAGCGGUUCGAGAGGUCGGAAGCUCUGCGCAUGCGAAGGGCACGAAGAUCACGAACAAGAACAUGACCAAGUCGCGGGGGCCCUGGUUCCAAGGAAACGACCGCGACCGCGAUGCUAUGCCUGCUAUGCUUUGGAUCCGAGUGUUUCGGCAGCCGCCCAGGCUGGGAGCGGACGACAGCUUCACGCUAAUGUCGGUUCACCCUGGAGCACGACACAAAUCUCGCGAGUUGCCUGCCUUCGGCCUGGAAGGUUCCCGGAAGACUGUUCGUUGUCCGAAAGUCUGCCCCCUGCAGUACACGGACCAGCUCCUGACGCAGGCGCAACGGCUCGUUUCGUACUACCUCCUCUACGACAUUUACAGGAAUGACCGGGGCACUGAACGGGAGACGGCCACCACUCCGUUCGUCCCGCUGGUGGUGGAAUUGUUAGAGACAAGCCAUGAUGGUGUGGAGCGAAAAUUCCUGCUCCAGUUCCUGUCAAAUCCACCGAAGGACCUUCACAAGCAGACCGUGAACCAGUUCGUGCAAAGCUGCGAUCCAAACGACAUUCCAGCGCUCCCGGACCUCGACAUGGUCCGGAGCAUGCACCAGGACGGAGCCCCGGCUGUGAGCGCAAGUGCUGCGCUGGGCAUCCGACCCGUCAUCAAAGACGUGUCAGACGAGCGGUAUUGGGUUCCAUCUCCGCUGCCCCCAAAUAGCUUGGGCGAGGACGUGGAAGAUGUCACUGGGACAGAAAGCAUAGAGCUGAACCCAGAGGAGUUGACCCUGCUUUCGUUGGAACCUUGCUGGGCACGGCCGGUGCCACCGCUCUUGGAGCCGACUGUGGACGAGGUUUUCUGGCUAACUCCACCCCAUCUGCUGUCGGAGCCGCUUUGGGAUUACACGAUGUGUGCAGACACAUCCCUCGGCUCCGAAGUCAAGGAGCUGAUUGCAAAAGCGGUGAAGACGCAAUUGCAGCCGCAGCAGAUCCAAAUCAUCUCAGAUGGCCUCGCGCAGGAUGCCAAGCUGGUUUAUCACUGUGGGUUAACGCCCAAAAAGUUGCCAGAACUGGUGGAGAACAAUCCCCAGAUCGCCAUAGAGGUUCUUUUAAAGCUGAUGGGCGGCUCCCAGAUAUCGGGCUACUUCAACGCUUUGGUCAACAUGGAGAUGAGCCUUCACUCCAUGGAGGCUGUGGGCUUGAGGAUUCAGUAG